CAAAACCCCGCGGCUCUGCUCUCUCCAGUCCGGUGAGUGAUCGGGAAAAAAUGCAGGAGUUUAAGCAACACCCGGAGAAAUCAUUCCCGAGAGCUCCUGUGCGAUUCGGCUGUUUCGAAACUUCUUUGGUCGCUUGAGCGGUGAGCGAAAAUAACGAGUGGCUAAAAACUGAAAAGAAGGGGAACAGCGAAAGCCAAUUCGGCUUCUCGGGCAAACCAAACCGCACACGAGAGUUUAAGCGGUUUUCGAUGGAACGAACACGCCAAGUUCGCAGACCAGCGCUGGGUGGGACAGCCCCAGGUCUCAGCCCCUUCGUGCGCCUCGUCCCGCCCAGUCCUAUAAAGGCUCAGGCUCGGCACCAUUGAUUCAUUUUCCUCGGCGGCCUGGGGAGAGGCGGUUGUCCCAGAGUGGCGUCCGGACCUUGCCCUCUCCUUUCCCUCUCCGUGCCCGCUCCGUGCCCUCUCCGUUCCUUCUCCGUGACCUCUCCGUGCCCGCUCCGUGCCCUCUCCGUGCCUGCUCCGUUCCCUCUCCGUGACCUCUCCGUGCCCGCUCCGUUCCCUCUCCGUUCCCUCUCUUUUCCCUCUCCUUUCCCCCUCCGUUCCCCCUCCGUUCCCUCUCCGUGCCCGCCGUGAGGAGAAGGGCGCUCCGCUCACCAUGCGCUGGCCCCGACGGGGCCGGCUCUGGCCGGCCCUGCUGCUGCUGCUGCUCACGGCAGCCCCUUGGGAAGCCAGUGCUGUCACCCUGAGGAAGAGGGACAGCUUUGAUUCCCUGGAUCUGGUCUGGAGAGGGGAAGAUGAUUACUACAGGAAAAGCAAUGGUGUCUAUUGCAAGAAGUGCCCUGCAGGCACCUACCUUACCAAGGAGUGUGAGGAGCAGGGAGGCUCCAGCACGUGUGAGCCCUGUGGACUCGGGGAAUACAUGGAAUAUCCCAACGCCUUCCUGUCGUGCCAGGAGUGCUCCAAGUGCAGGGAAGAUCAGGUGGAGCUGAGUCCCUGCCAGCCCCAGAGGAACACGGUGUGUGCCUGCAGGAACGGCACCUUCUGCCCCCCGGAGCACCCCUGUGAGAUGUGCCAGAAGUGCAAGCCCAGGUGUCCCGAGGACCAAGUGAUGCUGAAACCCUGCACGCCUUACAGUGACCUCCAGUGCGGUCCUAACAUGGCCACGUUCCCCUCCUACCUCAUGGGCAGCAUCAUUGCAGGGAUGGUUGUGAUAGCUGGGAUCAUGAGUGGGAUUGCUUUCUGCUGCUGCAAACGCCACUGCAGCUCCUCAGGGAGAUCCUCGAGCCAGAAGCCCUAUGAAAUUUUUCAGAAGCUGCUGUGGUGCAAGACAGAGAACGUGGGGACAGGUGACAACGACCCCAACAAGCAGCAGACAGAGAGGGAAAGGGCACCAGAGAGACAGGUGAUGCUGCCAAGUCAGAGAGAGAGACCCUGCAGGACUCUGGUUCCAGCACCAGGGACUGAUCCCAGUCGAGCGCUGCAGAGCUGCUUUUACACCUUUGGGCAGAAGGUGCCCAAAGCCUACUGGAAGAGAUUUGGCCGCAGCCUGAACCUGGAGGACAAUGACAUCACCAUGGACCAGUCCCUGGAUGAAUUUUACAACAUGAUGUGCAGGUGGCAGAACAAGGAGGGCUUCAAGGCCUCUGUGAACACCCUGCUGGAGACCCUGGUGCGCCUCAGCCUCAGGGGGGUGGCAGAGGCCCUCAGUGAGGCGCUGGUCCAGGAGGGACAUUUUCAGUACGAAACGAGCUGAAGGAGCAGGGCACACGCUCUGCACAUGUGAAAGACUCAGAACAGUUGGCUUGUAGCCGUUUGUAGCUGUCCUGUGCUCCUCUGCUUUUGAAGCCAUCACGAGUUCAGCUGAGCCAGGAGGAGCUGGUCCUCAUGUGAAGCACAAGCCUCAGGCUCUCUCUGCUGGAGUUACAGGUUCGAUGUUCUCGUGGAAUCCAAGCUGGUUUCUUGAUUUCACUGGGUCAACACCAAGAGAUUUAAAUAAUUUCAAUCUGCCUUGGACCAGCUAUCUUGGAAGUAUUGGUACUACCCAGAUUUCUUUGGGUGCAGAGAAGGGUUUUUGGCAAACCCGGUGCUUUUGAACUGGAUCAACCUUGAUUUUCAAAGGAUUCCUGGCAUCAAGAAAUGGCUUCUGCUUCUAGAACAUCUCUAAGUAAGCUUCAUUCUGCAUGCUUGGUGGUUCUGCAAGCUCAGCUGGGGUCUUGGGCUGCUGUUGGUGACCUAAAUUUUUAGGUUUUGUUUUUGGAUUUUGUUUUGUUUUUAUUUUUGUUUUUUGUUUACAUGGUUCUGCUUGUUCUUAGGAGCCAGUUUAAAACUGCACUUGGAGGGGACAGAGGGAAUGAUUGAUUUGCACAAUGGACACUGGGGUUGCCUGGGGAAAGGGACAAUGCAGGGGUCAGCCAGCCCAGCCCCUGCCAGGACCAAGGACAUCUUCCUCCCCAUGAGGCUGCUCCAAGCCCCGUCCAGCCUGACCUUGAGUGAUUGCCAGGAUGGGGCAGCUUAUCUGGGCAGCCUUUACUCAGCCCUUAUUUUGAAGGGCUUUUUUGUAUAAUCUAAUAUAAUGUGAAUUUCAUUUGGUUUAAAGCUAGUCCCAUGUCCUGGCACUCCAGGCCCCUGUGCAGCUCUCCUGGAGCCCUUUUAGGUACUGGAAGGGGCUUGAAGUAGUCCCAGAGCCUUCUCUUCUCCAGGCUGGACAAUCCCAGCUCUUCCAGCCUGGCUCCAGAGGGGUUCCAGCCCUCGGACCAGCUCCGUGGCCUCCUCUGGAUUUGCUCCAGGACUUCCACAUCCUUGUGGAGGCCCCAGAGCUGCAGGUGGGGUCUCCCCAGAGCUGAGGAGAAGGGGAAAAUCCAGGUUAGCCCCAUGGCCAUGGGGUGGCUCUGCUGUCCCUCAGCGUGGAGGGGUGAAUGCACAGAGUGUGUGUGUGACUGUGAUACCUCCUGCCCAUCCCAGGGCAACUUCUCAAGCACUGCACCUCACACAGAGAUCAGGGACAACCUAGCUGAGAAAACAGCUGGGAAAACUACUGCUUUACUUGAGCUGCCACCCCAGCCCAACCCAGUACAUUACAUGUAUGGUGGGAGGGUGCUGAGCACCCUCCCUGCUGCUCCCAUUCCCCCACCCUCCAAUAAGACAAGCAGAACUUUUGUACGUAUUUAUUUAGUAAUCGUAAACUUUACAUAUAUUAACUUAAAAGCUUUAUAAAAAUAUUGUUUUUGUUAUGCAUGGUUGUGUGUUUUAUACAGAGCUCUGGCCCAGCCAGUCUGCGUCUCCAGUUUUUUACAUUUCUGUUUAUGAAGGUUUAAUUUAAAAAAAAAAAAAAAUCUUCCUGA